AUGCGCGCCGUGGCCGCGCACUAUCGCGCGCCGACGCGAACGCGUCGCGCGCCCGCGAUUCGUCAGCCGUCCACGUCGCGCGCGCGUCGGACGUCGACGCUCGCGGUCGCGCGCGCCGCGGGCUCGUCGUCGCAAAAUAUCAUGCCGAGCAACGGGGCGAAUAAGCCGGUGGCCAUCAUCACGGGCGCGUCGUCCGGUCUCGGUCUGUACACGGCCAAGGCGCUGAUCGAAAAGGGAUACUUUGUCGUCAUGGCUGUGCGAGACCCGCGAAAGGGCGAGACCAAGGCGAACGAGCUCGGGUUCGAUAAGAAGUCGUACGCGGUGAUGUACUGUGAACUCGGCGAGUUGGCGAGCGUGCGAGAGUUCUGCUCGGGGUUCCGACGAUCUCCGUACGUGAAAAAUUUUCAGGCGCUCGUGUGCAACGCGGCGCUGUAUCUGCCGAACGCCACGGUGCCGUCGUACACCAAGGACGGUUUCGAGGAGUGCGUCGGGGUGAAUCACCUCGCCCAUCACUUGAUGUGCUUAGAACUGCUCGAUGACCUGGCCAAGGCGCCGGAUGCGAACAUGAAGCGACUCAUAAUCGUCGGUUCGGUCACCGGGAACACGAACACGCUCGCCGGUCAGGUACCGCCGCGCGCCGGUUUGGGCGACCUCUCCGGAUUGAGGAACGGCUUCAAGAACAGCGAUCGUAACCAAGGAGCGCACAUCGACGGCUCGCGAUUCAUCGGUGCUAAGGCGUACAAGGAUUCUAAGCUCUGCAACAUGCUCGACAUCAAGGUUUUCGCCGAGCGUUACGGCGAAUCCACCGGCAUAAAGUUCAGCACCAUGUACCCCGGUUGCAUCGCUGAUUCUAACUUGUUCCGUAACCACACUCCUUUUUUCCGUUGGCUUUUCCCGAUACUUCAAAAGAACGUCACUAAGGGUUACGUCAGUGAAGAAGAAGCUGGCCAGCGCCUCGCGUCCAUCGUGUACGAUCCGCGAUACACCGAACAAGGCGCGUACUGGGCUUGGAAGGGCGGCGGCGACCAGCUCUGGGAUAACUUCAACAAUAACAACGAGGACACACGCACGAUUGCGUUCAACAACAAGCCUUCGCGCGAGGGCCGAGACAUGGCCAAGGCGAACGCCAUGUUUGAUAUCUCUACGGAGCUCGUCGGCUACAAGCCAAACGUCAUCGACGGCGUGUCCAAGGCGUUCGACCGUGUCAUCUCCUCUGCUACCGAGAAGAUUUCAAAGUAG